CUGGGUCGCUAGGCCCGCUUUCCCUUAUACGCUGCUUACCACGUACGCUAUCAGCACAAACUUGCUGUUGCCCAGUGCCCUAUCUUACAAAAUUUCGCGCUCUCUCCCGCUAAUAUAAAAAUUGCAAACCUCAGCCGACCAAUCUUCUUGCAGAGAAAGCAAUUUGUUCGACAAUGGCGAAGAGCGAUUCGUCCACCGACGCUGCUCGCCCAUGGCAGUCUUACCACACCGUUUACACCAACGCCAAGGCCGGUAUGGACGGAGUGGACAAGGAGAAAGUGCAGCGAGUAGUGUACAAAAUGAGCAAAGGAUCGAAGUACUUCGAGAACGAGGAGCGCAAAGAGGCCUUCAUAAGGCAGAAGAUUGAGAAUAUGCGUGCUCAGUGCGCGAAGCUCACUGCACCAGAUUUAUCUCACUACCAGAUGGUUGCAGAAAAAAGAAUUCUAGAGCUAGAAGCUACGCGAGACCUGUCAAGAGUUUGGGUACAUGUAGAUAUGGAUGCUUUUUACGCAGCUGUUGAAACGUUAAGCAAUCCUUUGUUAGAGGGAAAGCCCAUGGCCGUUGGCAGUGUGUCUAUGAUCUCCACCGCUAAUUAUGAGGUUUGGAUUGCCUAAAAUGAUCUUUCAGAAGAUUA